CUCGAAAACUGAGAAAGCAUCUUUUCUCUGACGUCAUGAGAGCUGCAUCAGCUGUGAGCCCCGCGUCCUUAGCUUGCAAAAUAUACUCUCUCUUAUUUUAUUUUUGCUGCCCGCAUCUGCUCUGACAACGGGAAUAUAUAUGAUAUUUUCCACAAAACCUGAAAUGGCUACACAGGAGGUACAACCGAAUGAGACUCUCACCAACCUAAAAGCGGAAUCGGACACGUUGAAAACAAAGCUCGAGGACGAAAGAGCGAAGCUGCAUGAUGUUGAACUCCACCAGGUGGCAGAGAAGGUGGAUGGACUGGGCCAGUUUAUCAUGAAGACCCGGCGUACUCUGAAGGGACAUGGAAACAAAGUUCUCUGCAUGGACUGGUGUAAGGACAAGAGGAGGAUCGUCAGCUCAUCACAGGAUGGAAAAGUGAUUGUAUGGGAUGCCUUCACCACUAACAAGGAGCACGCAGUGACCAUGCCGUGCACCUGGGUGAUGGCCUGUGCCUACGCCCCCUCUGGAUGUGCAGUGGCCUGUGGUGGUCUGGACAACAAGUGCUCAGUGUACCCUCUGUCGUUGGACAAGAAUGAGAACCUGGCAGCGAAGAAGAAGUCCGUCGCCAUGCACACCAACUACUUAUCUGCCUGUAGCUUCACCAACUCAGACAUGCAGAUCCUGACGUCGAGCGGAGACGGAACCUGUGCAUUAUGGGAUGUGGAGAGCGGUCAGCUGUUGCAGAGUUUCCAUGGACACGCAGCUGAUGUUCUUUGUCUGGACCUGGCUCCUUCUGAGACCGGCAACACCUUCGUCUCUGGGGGCUGUGACAAGAAGGCUAAUGUAUGGGACAUGCGCUCAGGCCAGUGCAUUCAGUCCUUCGAAACCCACGAAUCAGACAUCAACAGUGUCAGGUACUACCCCAGUGGAGAUGCAUUUGCCUCAGGCUCUGAUGAUGCGACAUGUCGUCUCUAUGACCUGAGAGCAGACAGAGAAGUGGCCAUUUAUUCCAAAGAGAGCAUCAUAUUUGGUGCCUCCAGUGUUGACUUCUCUCUCAGUGGCCGGCUACUGUUCGGUGGCUACAACGACUACACCAUCAACGUGUGGGAUGUCUUGAAGGGGACGAGGGUGUCCAUCCUGUUUGGACAUGAGAACCGUGUCAGCACUCUGCGUCUGUCUCCUGACGGAACGGCCUUCUGCUCGGGGUCAUGGGACCACACUCUCAGGAUCUGGGCUUAAGGAAAAUGACACAGAAGAGGAACAACUAACCUCAGUGGUAGAUAGAUGGGAUCCAGUUGUAAACUAAGAGACAGACGUGUUCCACUCGGCUUGAAUACAAUCCUAGGUUCAGAUUCAGUUGAACAUAUAUACAGUGGAAAAGGGCAGACAUUGUCUUACUGUAGUGGUGUGUCAGGAUACAUUUGAACUGUGGUCUUGGACAAGUUAACAGUCAUUAUCAAACAAAAAAACCCUGCAAAAGAUACACUUUUAUUACGAGCUUUAAUAACGUAUCACAUUAAGUAUUUUAGAUCACGCAAGGUCAAUAUAUCUUAAUGAAAUUCAUAAUCACACACAGAAUGAUGAUAUAGCUACUCUAGUCUUAAGCAGAUGGUCCAAAGAGAACUAGUGUGAAGUAGAUGGUGAUGAAUAACACAGUUUGAAAUGAAUCUAGUGGUGAAUAUACAGAGAGUAAAAGAUUUAGAGGAAGAAUGUCUUCAAUAACCUAAUGUAUAAGAUGUAGUAUGAUGCGAUGUUUAGAUUUGAGAUAUGAUGGAAAAACAAUUCAUACAUUUGGAACCAAACCCUCAAGAGUCACUAAGUCAUCUUGGUUGAUGCCAGGACAAAUCAUCUUGGUUGAUGCCAGGACAAAUCCUCUUGGUUGAUGCCAGGACAAAUCCUCUUGGUUGAUGCCAGGACAAAUCCUCUUGGUUGAUGCCAGGACAAAUCAUCUUGGUUGAUGCCAGGACAAAUCCUCUUGGUUGAUGCCAGGACAAAUCCUCUUGGUUGAUGCCAGGACAAAUCAUCUUGGUUGAUGCCAGGACAAAUCCUCUUGGUUGAUGCCAGGACAAAUCCUCUUGGUUGAUGCCAGGACAAAUCAUCUUGGUUGAUGCCAGGACAAAUCCUCUUGGUUGAUGCCAGGACAAAUCCUCUUGGUUGAUGCCAGGACAAAUCCUCUUGGUUGAUGCCAGGACAAAUCCUCUUGGUUGAUGCCACAUUUUCCAUUCUAAUACUUGACCCUUCGAGUUCCUUUCCACCUGUGAAUUUCACCUACUGCUUGAGAUGUUCACAUGACAAACACUAGAUAAUAUCUAGCUGACAUGAAUAUACAACCUUUUGUGAAUACCUACUUAUUUAAAUUCUUAGACUUAUGUAUCCCUGUUCAUGUAAUUAUUCUGAUGAUUGUAAUUUGAUAAUUUAUUGUAAUUAUUAUAUUGUAGUUUAGUGUAUAUACAAAGUUACAUGAUACAAUAAACUAUUCACCUAUACCACACAAAAGUAAUAAAAAUUAAUUUGGACUAUC